AUGGCGUCCUGUCGCACCUCCGCGCUGCGCAACCUCCUGACCUCGUCGACGCGCACCCUCCGCGCCGCCAACCAGCGCCGCUGGGCCCAGGUCCACGACGUGCGCUUCCUCGCCACGACGCAGCCGCGCCGCGCCCUUGCCGACAAGUACCGCGAGAAGCUCAACCAGAAGGCCCGUCUCGAGGGCCACCAGUCCGUCGACGAUCUCAGGGCCGCCUACGCCGAGCGCAUCGAUGAGCUCAAGAAACAGGCGACGAUCGAGAUUCCGCUGCCCACGCCGCCGCCGAGCCCUUCCUCCUCCCCGCCUCCUCAGCCAGCAGCAGCAACAGGAGCAGCGCCAGCAGCACCACAAGCAGGGGCACCACCAGCAGCAGCCGCCGCCAAGUCCGCCCCCUCCAAGUCCGCCUCGGGCGUCAAGCCCCUCGGCGACAUUCUCGACCUCGAAAAGGCCGCCGCGCUGCCGGAGAAGGAGCUCACAGCCAUCUGGCGCCUGCGCCACGCCCACACGCCCAACACGCUCUGCGCCGUCAUCCCGUCGCCGACCUACACAGCCAUCGAGGCCCUGGCGCGCCGCGCGCCGCAGUUCGUCCUGCCCGUGCCGCGCCCCGACCAGGGCGCCGAGAUGCACUUCCUGCAGUGGGUCUUCGACGCCGCGACGCGCACGGCGACCGUCAUGUUCACGCAGCUCGCCGAGUUCAAGGCCCGCGGCGAGUUCGCCCAGCCCCACACCACCGUCACGCACUACACGGACCUGCGCGACGCCGAGGCCGGCCUCGUGCUGAUGCAGGGCCAGGUCGUCGACGGCCGCGGCGCCUCCGUCGAGGACGCCCCGCUGGCUGCUUCUGUGCCUGCAGCGCUUCUACGGGCGGCUGGGACCUCGAGGCCAAGGGCGGCGAGCCCGAUCCGCAGCGGCUCGAGAGGGCUGUCGAGAGGCGGCGCCUGCUCGAGUGGUUCGCCGCGGCGGAUCCGAGGUUCAGCGUCGAGAAGCUGCUCGAGGAGGCCGAGAGGAUGGGUUGACGUUGUGCGUUGGGGGCUCUGA